AUGGAUAUUUGUCUUCUUUUUAAUAUUGUAGGUUUCCAUUUAAUUAAGCAGCUGAGAGGCAUGAAUGUGGUGUUAGUGCUACUGCCUACGGUCCUGUUUCUUAUGCUCGCAGGGGCUCAGCGAGCUUGCCCCAAGAACUGCAGAUGUGAUGGCAAAAUUGUGUACUGUGAAUCACAUGCAUUCAGAGAUAUCCCUCAGAAUAUUUCUGGAGGGUCUCAAGGCUUAUCGCUACGGUACAACAGCAUCCAGAAGCUUAAAUCAAAUCAGUUUGCAGGCCUGAAUCAGCUCGUAUGGCUUUAUCUUGACCAUAAUUACAUCAGCUCCGUAGACGAGGAUGCGUUUCAGGGGAUCCGUCGGCUGAAGGAAUUAAUUCUGAGCUCCAACAAAAUUACCCAUCUGCACAACAAAACAUUUCACCCGGUCCCCAAUCUCCGCAAUCUGGACCUUUCUUACAACAAGUUGCAGGUGUUGCAAUCUGAGCAAUUUAAGGGCCUUCGCAAACUCUUGAUCUUGCACUUGCGGUCGAACUCAUUGAAAACGGUGCCAAUCAGAGUUUUUCAAGAUUGCCGAAAUCUCGAUUUUCUGGAUUUGGGCUACAACCGUCUACGGAGUUUAUCCCGUAAUGCUUUCGCUGGCCUCUUGAAGCUAACAGAGCUCCACUUGGAGCACAAUCAGUUUUCGAAGAUCAACUUUGCCCACUUUCCACGCCUCUUCAACCUCCGCUCUAUUUAUUUGCAAUGGAAUAGGAUCCGGUCUAUUAACCAAGGGCUAACAUGGACUUGGAGUUCCUUGCACAACUUGGAUUUAUCGGGGAAUGACAUCACUGGGAUAGAACCUGGGACCUUCAAAUGCCUGCCCAACCUGCAAAAGCUGAACUUGGAUUCCAACAAACUCACCAACGUCUCUCAGGAGACUGUCAAUGCGUGGAUCUCGCUAAUAUCCAUCACUCUGUCCGGAAAUAUGUGGGAAUGUACUCGAAGCAUUUGCCCUCUUGUUACUUGGCUUAAGAAUUUCAAGGGAAAUAAAGAAAGCACUAUGAUAUGCGCGGGUCCUAAGCAAAUCCAGGGCGAAAAGGUGAGCGAUGCUGUGGAAACAUAUAAUAUCUGUGCCGAAAUCCAGGUUGUGGUCACUGAAAGAUCAUACCAGCCACCUAAAACACCCCAGAGACCUCUCUUUAUCCCCAAACCUACCAUUUCCAAACUGGAAAACAAUCAAAUGACCUCUGUGAUGCCCACUCCUUCUCCAGACUUACCAACACCUGGAACAGAACCAGAGUAUGAGCAUGUUUCCUUUCAUAAAAUCAUUGCUGGGAGUGUCGCCCUCUUUCUUUCAGUGGCUAUGAUUUUGUUGGUUAUCUACGUGUCUUGGAAGCGGUACCCAGCCAGCAUGAAACAACUGCAGCAACACUCUCUCAUGAAGAGGCGCAGGAAAAAGGCCAGAGAGUCCGAAAGGCAAAUGAACUCCCCUUUACAGGAGUAUUACGUGGACUACAAGCCGACAAACUCUGAGACCAUGGAUGUAUCAGUUAAUGGAUCUGGGCCCUGCACAUAUACCAUCUCUGGCUCCAGGGAAUGUGAGUGGAGUACCAGAGUUGACGGGAGAGCAAUAAGCGGUCGACCCCUAAAUCGACCCCCAGUGCACGUCGAUCCCCCGGUCCCUCACCCCAUGAAGACCUUGCCCUAUUACAGCUAUGACCAACCAGUGAUCGGAUACUGCCAGGCCCACAAGCCUCUCCAUGUAAAUAAGGCGUACGACACCAUUUCCCGGGCGGAGCAGGUUGAGACCACCAACCUGGAACUCAGUCGAGACCACAGCUUCAUAGCAACAAUUGCGCGCUCAGCCGCUCCAGCCAUUUACAUUGAGAGAAUACCAAACUAA